AUGUCUGUUGUGUCCUCUGUGUCUGUUGUGUCCUCUGUGUAUGUUGUGUCCUCUGUGUCUGUUGUGUCUCUGUGCCUGUUGUGCCUGCUGUGUCCUCUGUGUCUGCUGUGUCUCUGUGCCUGCUGUGCCUGUUGUGUCCUCUGUGUCUGCUGUGUCCUCUGUGUCUCUGUGCCUGUUGUGCCUGCUGUGACUGCUGUGCCCGUGGUGUCUGCUGUGUCUGCUGUGUCCCCUGUGACUGCUGUGCCUGCUGUGUCCGCUGUGUCUGCAGUGUCCUCUGUGUCUGCUGUGUCUAUUGUGUCCUCUGUGUCUGCUGUGUCUGCUAUGUCUGUUGUGUCCUCUGUGUCUGCUAUGUCUGUUGUGUCCUCUGUGUCCUCUGUGUCUGCUGUGUCUCUGUGUCUGCUGUGCCUGCUGCAUGUGUCUGCUGUGUCCCCUGUGACUGCUGUGCCUGCUGCAUGUGUCUGCUGUGUCCCCUGUGACUGCUGUGCCUGUUGUGUCCUCUGUGUGCAGGCACAGAGGACACAACAGACACAGCAGACACAACAAACACGGAGGACACAGCAGACACGGAGGACACAACAGACACAGCGGACACAGCAGGCACAGAGACACAGAGGACACAGCAGACACAACGACACAGCAGGCACAGAGGACACAACAGAUCAACACAGCGGACACAACAUGCAGACACAGCAGGCACAACAGACACAGCAGACACAU